UGAAUGACGACACUGUCCACGUGAUGCAGUGCUAGCAGCACGCAGAGUAAACUAGCAUCUCGACAGGGCUCACGACAACAAGAAUAACACGUUUGACUCAUCGAAAGAGCCAACAUUUACACGGGAGCGGACAUGUUAAACCCAACCAAUGGCGAACCAGGCCAUGUCGUCAAAUACGUGGAGGAAUAUCUGGACCUUGUGGAGUCUCUGCCUUGUGAUUUGCAGCGAAGUGUGUCCAUCAUGAAGGAAAUUGACGCCAAAUAUCAGGAUGUCCUGAUCGAGCUUGAUGAGGCUUAUGAAAAAUAUUGCCAAGAAAAUGACUCUGUGCAAAGGCGAAAACUUCAGUUAUCAAUUCAGCGAGCCUUGAUCCGAAGUCAGGAGCUUGGAGAUGAAAAGAUUCAAAUCGCUGGACAAAUGGUGGAGUUGGUGGAGAAUCGAACACGCCAGAUGGAUUGGCACUCAGAAGUGCUCCUGUCCUCUCAAGAAGUUCCAGAAAGUCACGUGACAACAGCCACUUCACUAACGACCACUGCAGCCUCCCUCACAACAUCAGCAGCAGCAGCAUCAUCUAUAACACCAGGCAAAACUGGUCACCAUGAGAAAAAACGGGAUGAGGUUACUCUAAGCUCCGGUGGUGCAGACAAGACAGGAGGAAAACGCUCGAGGCGGCAGAAAAAUGGAGAGAAUCGUGAAAGUUACGGGGGUUUAGAUCAUUCUGAAGAUGUAGGAGGAGGGGCAUCACGAGAGAAAAGAGCAAAAGCAUCUUCUAAAAAGAAGAAAAGAUCUAAAGGAAAGUCUGAGCGUGAAGUGUCUCCCCCAGAUUUGCCAAUUGACCCUGAUGAGCCCACAUACUGUCUGUGUGAACAGGUGUCCUACGGUGAGAUGAUUGGCUGUGAUAAUGAUGAAUGUCCCAUUGAGUGGUUCCACUUCUCCUGUGUUGGGCUACAUCACAAGCCCAAAGGCAAAUGGUACUGUCCGAAGUGUCGGGGGGACAAUGAGAAGACUAUGGACAAGGCCUUAGAGCGGGCAAAGAAGGAGAGGGCUUACAACAGGUAGCAUGGCUAUCUGUGCCUUUGAACUUUGUAGUAUUAAUGUGAUAUCUUUCCAAUUUGUAUUUACAGUUAGCGCAGUUUAAACAGCCAUUAGAGAAUGUCCUUGUAAAAUUAUUUUUGCAAACAAAAUCAUUUUGACCAGAGUACUCCUUUCUCAAAAACGUAUCUGCAUGCGUCAACAACUCCUGCACUUACCUUGUUUCCAUUAUUCAAUGAAUGCAAGUUGUACAUUAAAGGUAUUUUCAGA